UGCUCGCGAAUUCAAGUGUAUUAGCUGCGGAAACAAGACUGACCAACUUUAUCGUGAUUUCAAUUCCGGAAUUAUCAAGAUUGAGCAUUGCGUGAGGAAAUCGAACAUUCAAUAUCCUUACUGUAACCACAGACGCCUGCAACUGUACUGUACCCCGGAUAUAUAUAUAAAUACAGGAAUUUUUCAAAUAGCCUGCAGGUUAGGACCCUACUAUAUAGAAGGGUAGGCAGCUAUUUUCACAUCUAAAAAUACCAGAUGCAGGCGUCUGUGCUGUGACGGCGUUAACUAGUUAUCCACUGAUCCAGACUCAUGAAACCUGUAAACUAAAGCAAGGAAUUUAUUUUUGAUUUUACUUAACAUCCAGUCCGAUUUUCCUCUGGCUCCAACACUAGCUGGACUGGAGACAUUCUCACAGCUAGAUGUCUGGUGUGCCCAACACAGAGACAUCUUUCCGCCAGAUGCAGAAUGUCUGGCGAUGGAGCCAGAGAAAACACCAUAUUGACACUUAUUUUAUCUGAGUUAUUUGCUAAACAUUGCCAGAAGGUUGUGGAUAAAUACAUUGAGUCAGAGCCAGUGAUCAUUUGUUUGGAUUUUUUGCUGUUAAAACAGCAAGCCUUCCGCCAUGUUUUGUACAAUAGAAAAACUCAGGGACACUGGAAGUUAGUGGCCAUCCUACUACUCUGUGAUGCUUUUACAAAACUGUUGCUGGGGCGACCACACAGUACAGAGUCUUACCUGCGGCCUGAUUACAUGAUCUACUCUGCCUUAGAAUGGGGGCUUUAUAUUAACUUCAGUCUAGCAUUAAUAGAGUUAUUCAUUACCAUUUUGAUAAUCAUUGUAUGCAUCAGGACAAUUUCUACUGAGAAAUGCAGGCCAGGAGAGCUGAUGCGUGGAGUGCUGCUGUCAAACUUUGGUAAAAUCCUUGUGAUACCUGCAGUUCUGUGGGGGACGAACUACAGCCUUAUCUAUGUUUCUCUUAGUCGAAUGUUUGUAUGUGCCGCCAAUAUCCAAGCCAUCAGAGUUCUCAGUCCAGGCUGCCAUGUUUCCACUUGCAUCAUGUCAGUAGUGCUUGGACAUGUUGUUGCCAUGCUUUCAUCCAUCUGGAUACAAAACAUUCUUUCACAAGUCCCAGGGUGAAGAUCAUUAACAGAUAAAGACAAGGUGGUGCUGUUCUAUCGGAAGUUACAAGGUGGUGCUGUACUAUCACAUGCCAAGGUGGUGCUGUACUAUCACAUGACAAGGUGUUGCUGUACUAUCACAUGACAAGAUGGUGCUGUACUAUCGGAAGUUACAAGGUGGUGCUGUUCUACCACAAGACAAGUUGGUGCUGUACUAUCACAAGUGACAUGGUGGUGCUGUACUAUCACACAUAACAAGGUGGUGCUGUACUAUCACAAGACAAUGUGGUGCUGUGCUAUUAAAAAUGACAAGGUGAUGCUGUACUAUCACAAGUUACAAGGUGGUGCUGUACUAUCAUAAGACAAUCUGGUGAUGUACUACCACAAGUUAUAAGAUGGUACUGUACUAUCACAAGUUAUAAGGUGGUGCUGUACUAUCACAAGUUACAAGGUGGUGCUUUACUAUCACAAGUUACAAGGUGGUGCUGUACUAUCACAAGUUACAAGGUGGUGCUGUACUAUCACAAGUUACAAGGUGGUGCUGUACUAUCACAAGUUACAAGGUGGUGCUGUACUAUCACAAGUUACAAGGUGGUGCUGUACUAUCACAAGUUACAAGGUGGUGCUUGACUACCACAAGUUACAAGGUGUUGCUGUACUACCACAGGACAAGAUGGUGCUGUACUAUCACAAGUUAUAAGAUGGUACUGUACUAUCACAAGUUAUAAGGUGGUGCUGUACUAUCACAAGUUACAAGGUGGUGCUGUACUAUCACAAGUUACAAGGUGGUGCUGUACUAUCACAAGUUACAAGGUGGUGCUGUACUAUCACAAGUUACAAGGUGGUGCUGUACUAUCACAAGUUACAAGGUGGUGCUGUACUAUCACAAGUUACAAGGUGGUGCUGUACUAUCACAAGUUACAAGGUGGUGCUGUACUAUCACAAGUUACAAGGUGGUGCUGUACUAUCACAAGUUACAAGGUGGUGCUGUACUAUCACAAGUUACAAGGUGGUGCUGUACUAUCACAAGUUACAAGGUGGUGCUGUACUAUCACAAGUUACAAGGUGGUGCUGUACUAUCACAAGUUACAAGGUGGUGCUUUACUACCACAAGUUACAAGGUGUUGCUGUACUACCACAGGACAAGAUGGUGCUGUACUAUCACAAGUUAUAAGAUGGUACUGUACUAUCACAAGUUAUAAGGUGGUGCUGUACUAUCACAAGUUACAAGGUGGUGCUUUACUAUCACAAGUUACAAGGUGGUGCUGUACUAUCACAAGUUACAUGGUUUUGCUGUACUAUCACAAGUUAAAAGGUGGUGCUUUACCAUCACAAGUUACAAGGUGGUGUUUUACUAUCACAAGUUACAAGGUGGUGCUGUACUACCACAAGUUACAAGUUGGUGCUGUACUAUCACAAGACAUGGUGGUGCUAUACUAUCAGAAGUGACAAGGUAGUGCUGUACUAUCACAAGACAUGGUGGUGCUGUACUAUCAGAAGUGACAAGGUAGUGCUGUACUAUCACAAGACAUGGUGGUGCUGUACUAUCAGAAGUGACAAGGUAGUGCUGUACUAUCACAAGACAUGGUGGUGCUAUACUAUCAGAAGUGACAAGGUAGUGCUGUACUAUCACAAGACAUGGUGGUGCUGUACUAUCAGAAGUGACAAGGUAGUGCUGUACUAUCACAAGACAUGGUGGUGCUAUACUAUCAGAAGUGACAAGGUAGUGCUGUACUAUCACAAGACAUGGUGGUGCUGUACUAUCAGAAGUGACAAGGUAGUGCUGUACUACCACAUGACAAGGUGGUGCUGUUACUAUCAGAAGUGACAAUGUGGUGCUGUACUACCACAAGUUACAAGGUGUUGCUGUACUACCACAGGACAAGAUGGUGCUGUACUAUCACAAGUUAUAAGAUGGUGCUGUACUAUCACAAGUUAUAAGUUGGUGAUGUACUAUCACAAGUUAUAAGGUAGUGCUGUACUAUCACAAGACAUGGUGGUGCUGUACUAUCAGAAGUGACAAGGUAGUGCUGUACUACCACAUGACAAGGUGGUGCUGUUACUAACAGAAGUGACAAUGUGGUGAUGUACUAAAACAAGACAAUGUGGUGAUGUACUAAAACAAGACAAGGUGGUGAUGUACUAAAACAAGACAAGGUGGUGAUGUACUAAAAUAAAACAUAGUGGUACUGUACUUAAACAAUACAUGGUGGUGCUGUACUAAAACAAGACAAUGGGGUGAUGUACUAAAACAAGACAAGGUGGUGAUGUACUAAAACAAGACAAGGUGGUGCUGUACUAAAACAAGACAAGGUGGUGCUGUACUAAAACAAGACAAAGUGGUGAUGUACUAAAACAAGACAAUGUGGUGAUGUACUAAAAUAAGACAAUGUGGUGAUGUACUAAAAUAAGACAAAGUGGUGAUGUACUAAAACAAGACAAGGUGGUGCUGUACUAAAACAAGACAAGGUGGUGCUGAUAACAUCAGCCUGUAACACUAACAUGGUUUGUGCUAGUCCAGUAGUUGAUUGGUAUGAUGUCAGCCUUGAAAAAGAACAUUGCACUUUCAUCAAGAGAGGGAAACACGGUGUUAUAUCUCCGUCAUGUGAUAAAUGUAAUCCAAUCAGACACACUGUUAUAUAAAUGAGGUGUAUUAAUACUAUGUAUUCUUAAAGAGGAUUGACUCUCUUCAUGUCUGAAGUAUAUUAUACCUCACAAAAUAGAGAUCAUUAGACGUGCUUCAACACUUCAAAAAGUCAAUGUAUUAAUUAUGGUUUGGAAUUAAACCUCGAACAUUAUUUUGA